AUGGCUAAAUGGGGAGAAGGUGAUCCUCGGUGGAUCGUAGAAGAAAGGCCGGAUGCCACAAAUGUAAAUAACUGGCAUUGGACGGAGAAAAACGCCGGCCCGUGGUCCAAGGAUCGCCUGAAGGAACUGCUGACCAAUUUACAAAUAGCUCAAAAUGGUAUCGACUGUAAGAUAACUGAGGUGGAGAAGAUCGACGGGGAUGCUUCAGCUAACAAUAGAAAAGGAAAACUCAUAUUUUUCUAUGAAUGGGACAUCAAAUUGAAGUGGGAAGGUUUACUGGCUGGUUGUGCAGACAAAAUCAAAGGAGAGGUGCAGAUACCAAAUCUAUCAGAAGAAAAUGACGUCAGUGAAGUUGAUAUAACAGUUACAAUCAAAGGUAGUGGAGAUGAAGCCCAAAGAGUUAAAGCGUUCAUGCACAAUGUUGGUCGCACUGAAAUCCGCAAGCAGCUUACAGAAUACCUCAGGAGUCUUAAAGAGGAAUACUCAAAAGGCCUCAUAUUACCCAAAAAGGGCGAAGCGUUAGUGAAACCGGACAAUGUUUCAACUAUAACUAGUGGUUUUAAUAAAAAAGUCAACAUGGAACCAGUUGUCUCUCAAAAGAGUAAACAGCCAGUUGGUUUGAAAUUAGAUACUAAAUCCAUUGAGUUGCAGGAAAAGUUCCAAUGCAGAGCUAAAGAGUUCUAUGAUGCUAUGACGAGAGUAGAAAUGGUCACCGCUUUCACGCAGGGACAUGUAAAAAUGGAAGCGGAGAAAGGUGGCAAGUUUGUCUUGUUUGGUGGCAAUAUAUCGGGAGAGUUUAGGGAACUGAUACCAGGGAAGAAAAUAGUACAAUACUGGCGGUAUAAGCAGUGGCCUGACCAGCAUUUCUCUGAAGUUACAUUCAACAUUGAGGAAAAAGAGGAUCAUACACUAGUGACUCUGCGUCAAGAUUUAGUGCCGGCUUCAGAAGUGGAUCAUACUCGUGAGAACUGGCGGCGAUACUACUUCGAUAGCAUCAAGCGAGCGUUCGGAUUCGACGAAUUAGGUACAAUUCAAUCGACUUUAAGAAGAAUAUUGACUUCCGGUCCUAUGCGGUUCACAAUACUUUUUCUUGUGAAGAUCUACUUGCAUCUGUGA